AUGGAGGAAUGGGGUGUCUUGAAUGAACGGCGGAAAGAGCUCUAUAGGGACGUGAUGCAGGAUAAUUAUGGAGACGUCAUCUCAUUGGGGUUCCCCAUCAUCAAGCCCAACGUGAUCUGGAUGGAGCAAAGGGAAGAACCGCUAGUCCCAAACCAGGACCUGGACCAAAGCCCAGAAGAAAGAAGAUGCACCAGAGAUGCCCAUACAGCAGACGAGGCAACCACCAGUGAGAAUGAAGACUGGGAAGAGGAAGAAGAGGAGGAGGAAACCCCCGCUGCGCCCGACAGGCCUGAUCCAGAGGAUACCUCAGUGGUUUCCCCACCGGUCCUAGACUGGGAAGAGGCCUGUGAGGCACUGCAGGAUAGCAGGGACAGCUUCAGCGAUGACGUCCCCAGUGCCAAAGCCAGAGGGGAAAAACCCUCCCGUGGGAGGCGUCCCUGGGGCAGCCGUCUCCGGCUGGGCUGCUGCCGAAUGGGGGCCGCUCCCCCCAAAUCCUUCGACUGCCCCGACUGCGGGAAGAGGUUCACGCUGAGCUCACACCUGAUACGGCACCAGCGGGUCCACACGGGGGAGAAGCCCUUCGGGUGCCGGUCGUGCACCAAGAGCUUCUCUCAGCGGUCGGACCUGGUGCGCCACGAGCGCACGCACACGGGGGUCAAGCUCUACCGCUGCACCCAGUGCGAAAAGUCCUUCUCGGAGAGCUCCCACCUCAUCCGCCACCAGAUCAUCCACUCGGGCGAGAAGCCGUUCAAGUGCAACGUCUGCGGCAAGCGCUACGGGGACAGCUCGUACCUCACCGUCCACCAGCGGGCCCACACGGGGGCCCGCCCGUACCGCUGCGCCCGCUGCGGCAAGAGCUUCGGUCGGUCCUCCACCCUCAUUCGCCACCAGCGGGUCCACGGUGACCCCGCCCCUGCCCCGGGGGACAAGCCACGCCCGCGGGGCAUCUGGACAGCCUUUGCCCGCCUCCCCAGCGACCGGGAAGGGGACGCGGAACAAAUUCUGUCCCCUCAGAGAUCGCUGACGCCCCCUAGUCCGUCCCUCACGUCCUCCAUGCUGCCGUCUCCGUCUCCCAUUGACCCACGUUCCAUGAGGAUUAUGGGGUGGCAGUGGGGGGUGGAAUAA